GUACGACAUUAAUACCCGCGGCCCGCUCGCACCAGCCUCUGUCAACUUGACUUAUCUAUGUCAAUGAAGUUUUACCCAAUCCAGUCAUGCUCUGCCACACUGAGCCUGCGGCAACGCACGAGCCUUCACAGCUGCCUUCAAGUUCUGGUCUUCGCUGUCGUCUAAGUGCCAAGCCAAAGCUUUGCGGGGCCGCAAUGAUUUCAAUGGUGGCGGAUCAUCGUCGGCGAGAUUUAGGAUACUUUACGGAGGGAACACGACAAGUGCUACCAGCCUGCUGAGCCUGCUGUCAAUUGUCAAUUGUCAUUUUUGAACUCGGGGAUCUUGGGGAUAGGGUGACACGUCCCUCGGUGAAAGAUUUUGUGUUGGGUUAAGCUUUUUGGUUGUGUCCGGAUCGCGAUACCUUUAUUUUGGGCCUUUUUUCAAAUGCAGGACGUGACAUGGAGUUGAUCCAUGGUUUAUACGGACGUGUACUCCGCGA